UGUUUUCCCACUUCAAAGUCGAUGCUGAAGUUCCUUCCAUUCUGCCAGGAUGGAGGGCGGUGAAGGUCAACCUCUAUCAGAAUAAUCAUGUGACCUGCGCGGACUGGGUUAAGUCACCCCGCCACGUGCCUGCGGAUCGGCGUGCAGGAAACGAAGGUGUAUUUUCCAUUCUCUACUACUGUAUCUUCAUCUACAGCUUACUUGAGGGUACGGUCCCAACGGGCAAGUUUCCGUGGAUCAUUUUGGAAUCUCUACGAUUAUCUUCUGGUCAUUUCCCUCCCCUUUCUCCCUAACAUCCUAGACCCAAUCCAGCAAAGAAAUGGCAGCGAUCAACCCCGCUGCCGCACGUCCACAGCGGCCGACGCUACAGGAAUCGCUCAGGAGCAAAUCUUUUCUUCAUGAUCAUCAACAAUAUAAGCCCUCGGUUCCCGUUAGCAGCAUUGGCAACGUCCUUGGGACCUCCUUCGAGUCGGGAGUAGGAUCGAUGUCUCUCAAUCCGAUAAGCCCUGAUCCCGAGAAGGUGACCGACAGUGGCAUCACUCACAGCCUAUUCAAUCACCAAGCGAACGCUCUUCCCACCGGUACGGCGCAAGUCGUCGCAACCCUCUUUUACAAGUCGUCCGACCCAAUCCACCCCCAUCUCCAUCCUGAUUCGUCGCCAAGUGGCCGAGCUGGGGUUAAACUUCCAUCCCCCACGGUUCCCGUCGGUUCGGCUCCGACUAUUGAUAUUGAAAAGAUUCCACGGGAGCCUCCAGCACCAGAGCCGGAGCCUUUAGAUCAUCUUUACGGACCAUACGUGUCGCAACUGUGUUUGACGAAUUUUCUCCAAAUCCUGGAAACCCUUCCGACACCCUAUCAGCGCAUGAAUACCUCCCAUCGCUGCCUCGAUCAGCAUGAACAACCUCGCGUGGUAGAAGUUACAUUCUCCCCACCCCCCAACCCGGAAUAUCUCACAUUUGGGGAUCUACGCAAACAUGAAAGCAUAUGGCGGUUUGAGCGCGAGUGGAAUGUAGAGGUUGUGCUCCAGAAGGAGAGCGUCUUCCGCCGUCACAAGCGGUUGGUGGUCUUUGAUAUGGACAGCACCUUGAUCCAGAACGAAGUGAUUGACGAGAUUGCUAAAUUUAUUGGUGUGGAGAAGGAAGUUUCGGAGAUCACGGAACGUGCCAUGAACGGCGAGCUGGACUUUUCUGCAUCGCUCAGGGAACGUGUCGGUUUGCUGAAGGGAGUGCCAGCGGAUGUUUUCGAGAAGCUGAAGUCCGUCAUUACUAUUUCUCCCGGUGCACGUGAAUUGUGCAAGGCCUUGAAGGCCCUUGGAUGCAAGCUGGCGGUUUUGAGUGGCGGCUUCCAGCCCCUUGCCGAGUGGUUGGCCGGUGAACUUGGUAUCGAUUACGCUUUCGCCAAUCAUCUCGAGGUCGACCCCGUAUCUCAAACUCUGACUGGCAAGCUUGUCCCGACAUAUCCCAUCAUCGACGCCAGCCAAAAGCGCAAGCUUCUCCAGUCUAUUGCGGCCGAGAACAACAUUCCUAUCGCCCAGACCGCCGCCGUGGGUGACGGUGCCAACGACCUUCUCAUGCUUCAUUCUGCUGGGCUCGGAGUUGCCUGGCGCGCUAAGAGCAUGGUUCAGCUCGAAGCACCCACCCGUUUGAACGGAGAGACCAUGGUGGACAUUCUUCACCUCCUUGGUCUCAGCAGGGAAGACGUCAAGGAAUUACUUGCCGGUUCAGCAUGAACAUUUCCUGACCCAUAGGUGUACUACGAGCACAAAAAAAGAAACGUUCAGUCUCGAAUGACUUCUGGGACUUCGCCAGGUGCGGAUUUUCUAUUUGGACUUUGUCAGCAGGGAUUACAGGGGUACCGUUUGAUCGGUAUGCCUUUUCUUUUCUUUUCGGAUCUUUCCCUUUUUACGCCAAAGGGCCCAGCUUUGGCACGCACGUAUGGGCUACCCGCGUCUUCAAUUCGCGAUGAGAAUAGUCAAAGAGGACAAUUGAUCCUAGAAGACAGCAGCAUUUUAAUGUAGGCGUAGCGGUGUGACAAAUUUAGGUACAUAUAAGCAGAACCACGGACUUUAUUGAAAUGAAUAUGCUGAUUAUAUUAUUAAUUCAAUCAGAGAAUCUAUGUGUUGAACUAAUUGGACUUGCC